AGAUUUUUUUUUCUAUUUUUCUUUUUUGCCUGAUUUAUCAAUUUUUUUGCUUUGUGAUUUUUGCUUUCCAAAGAAUUUUAUUUUUUAAAGUGAAAAAGAAGUUUUAAAUCUUUCUGAAGAAAUUUUCUCCGUCGCUGCUGCCUUUUGACAAAGUAAAGACCUAUCCUUCCGUUUGAUCCUUGUGUAUAACAUCAACAGCAAAUAAAAAGAAGUAAAGAAAAAGAAAAAAUGUUGGACAUUUUAAAGAAACAAGUUUUAUCAAUAAUGCCAACCGAAUAUUCGAUAACAUUGGUUGAUAAAUAUUGGAAUAAUUUUGCACAAAUCAUUAUAACAUCACCAUUUAUUUGGUUUCAUUUUACAAGCAUAAUGGCAUAUACUGAUUGGAAUCGUUUUAAUUGUAUAUAUAGAUGUUUAUUUAUAUUCUAUCUGAUUAUGGUAUUCACUGCACAUGAAUUAAUACGUUUGAUUAUUGUAAAAAUUUUAAAAAAAGAAUUAACUAUAACUGAUUUAUUGCAUAUAAUCAAACAAAUUCUAAUCAGUUCAAAACAAUGUAUAUUUGAACAUCCAUUGACUAAUUGUAUUAUUGAUAAAUGUAAAACUUUAUCAACCAUAAAACAAGGUGCUGUUACGUCAAUGAUUUCGAUUGAUAAACAAAAAUGAAAAAAUAAAUUUUAUGUUUUUUUUUGAAAAAAA